AUGGCCAUCCGAUUUCUCCUUCUGUUACUGUGUUGCUUAGCAUCCGCCGCCCGUACCAUCGGCCGCAAAGCAGUGUUGGCAAACAAAGCGGAAAAGAUCCCUGAGCACUUGCUUGAGACCCAAAAGCGCAUCGAAGAAGCCUACACGGUUGACUUCAACCAUCCGCCAUACUAUAUCGGCAACACGACCACUCGCGAGUCGUGCGGGUGGGACCGCAUCAAAUGCUUCUACGUAUACUACGGCGUUCGACACACGUUAUACCCCAUGGGGGACCCCAUGUACAAGGCCUGGUAUACGACGAACAUCGAGGCCGUAACCACGACGGGCGCACUCGACGCAGAUUUAAGCGUGGAUGAGAUUCACUCCCACAUGCAGGCAGUUACCGAUGGCUGGAGCGCCUCUAUAACAGCCAAUGGACAAGGCUUCACCCCGGUAGGGUUCUUUGGCGGCUCCAUUGCGUACGGCGAGGAGCAUUCCAAUACCAAAAUGAGGACGGUCACACUCCAGCAGGGGAAAAAUCACCGAUGUCCCAAGUUCCACCGUUGCCAGAUACAGACCCUGACGUGGCACCUGACCAUCGAGGGCAUGUGCACACCGUAUCCAACCAUCAACUGCGCCGGACAAAUCCAGGUAUGCGACCUGUGGUCCUAUACUUGCGAUGCCUAUGAGAAGUUCGCGAACGAGUGGUGCCCCCGAAAAGAUGGCGUCGUGAGGCUCGCGCCCUGCUCCCUCAACAUGCCGGUAAUGUUACCCGACGGCAAGACGCCCUUCUCCGAGACUCGCAUUGUGGAAACUCCGUUGCGACCCAGAGUCGUGUAUUGGACGCCCAGCUGCAAAGUCGCUACUUUGAACAAUGGUUUCCUGUGGAGCCCGGUUGACAAGCUUUUUAUUGAUCCCACCGACUACAAGGAGUUCCAAUACCCUCCGGAGAUGGAACCAAUCUCCAAAGGCGAAUGUGUUCCCAAGAUAAAGACAAAGACAGAACACAAAACGGUGGAAGCUGAGGGUCCCUCGGAAGACCCACCGGCGCAAGACGAGGAUCUUCCGGCGAACGAUUCGGCAUAG